CUUGAACAAAGGAGCUCGGGUGUCCCUGCGACCCAAUAGUAGGACGCUGAGGGAGAUGCAGGUCGGGCAACAUCAAGGUCAACAUGAUCAAGGAUCGAAGAACGAUGUAGAUCGUAAGGGCCGCAGUCGUACUAGUGCUGGUAGCAAAGGAAGCACUAAGUCUAAGAACAGAACAAGCAAGGGCAAGAGGAUGAAGCCGCUGUCUCGAGAUGAACGCAUAAAGAGCGUUUUAGGAGCCUCUUCUAGCAGUAGACUAGCAAUAGGCAAAAGUUCUCUGUUUCAGUGCGAACCAGCACUAGUGGAGGCCCUGCGACUUCGAUACAAAGCCCUUCAUCUUCGCAAAGACAAAGAUGUAACAAGGGACAAUAAAGACAAUGACAAACAAGUAGGGACAGGGAGUACUACAAGAGACAAGAUGGACAAACUCAAACAAGUAGGGAGUACUACAAGAGACAACGACAACAAUAAACAAGUAGGGAGUACUUCUACAAGAGACAAGACAGGCGUGGUGAGGGACAUCGUAGAUGCUCGAGAUAAAGAUGUCAGGGAGAAAGACCAAGAGGUGAUCAGUGGAAGCGUUAAAGCUAUCAACAGGACGACUAGAAGCGAGGACUUGAAUAUCAGUAGGGGUAGUAGAAGAGACAGAGACAAAGACGUCAGGGGAACAAUAGUUGACAAGUCUGUUCGUAGAGACCAGGACAUGGACGUGAUUAGUAGAAGCAGGAAUAAGGAGAAGGAUGUCAGCGUCAGGACGCGAGACAAAGCCCCCGCGCCACCUACUUCUAGGGACAAGGAUGCUCUUAGGGAUAAGCAGAACGAAACUAGAGACAAAUACGUUACUAGGGAUGGGCAUGAUGUUCGUUCUACAAAUUGUGAGCGUUCGAAAAGAAGACGACCUGCGGAGGCCGACUUGCUAUCUACGUCUUCUGAGGGAUCCAAAAACAGGAAUCGUCCAUCCAACCGGCAACCUUCUAGAAAAGUAAACGCUGAGGGUGCUAAGACCGCUGUUGCGAACGCGAAGCAAUGUAGAAGGAAGAGAGAAGAUUCUGAGGACGCCAAGACCAAUACGAAUACUUCCAAGAAUUAUAAAUCAAGUACAACUUCUAGAACAACAACAAGGAGGAACGACGAGGAUCAAAAAAGAGAGGAAGAAAGAGCUGCGAGAGCUCCGUCUCCUGGUGGCCGUGCCUCGGAUAGAAGAGCAGCAAGCCCCAGUGGGGCAAGAGUAAGGGAGGAUGGGGAGGCUUCUUCGUCUUCAAGCGAAGGGGAUAGUGAUGAAAGUUCUUCUUCGUCUUCCUCUUCGGGGUCGUCGUCGUCUUCAUCAUCGAACGAAGAGGAUUCGAGCUCAGAGCGGCCACAGGGUAUAUAGAAUCAGACUCCAUCUUCUUGUUCUUGUGGAUAUCUUCUUUAUAAGUUUUUUACUAUAGUUCUUAUUUAGAUAUUUGGAUUACUUGAUUCUUUUGGUUUUUUGUUUCCUAGUUAGGUGUGCUCCACCGAUUUUAUUAGUUUUUUACUGUGUGCGCCGUAGUGGCUAUGUUCUUUUGACAAUAUCUAAAGCGGGUCUGUCCUGUUUCUGUGUGCACUACUAGGAUUUAUGUAUGACAGUACUUGCAGUUGCGCUUACCUAUUUUGAUACUGUUCUUCAUCUCUAUCGAUCCUUUUCUUCAGGUUCCAAUGGUCGUGUCUCGUCAAGUGUGGCGCCAAAGAGGUAUAUUAGGCAAGGAUCCCCAAGAGGUUCACCAAAAGGUUCACCAAAAGGUUCACCAAGAGGUUCACCACGACAAGCAAUAGCUGCCAGGGUAAAUGCUGCGUCAUCGACGAACAAUAGUCGACGUGGAGGGGGACAACAUUAAGGCUACCGCGACAGCAUCCUGAGUGAGCGCCAUUCUUGUUCCUUUUUCUACUUGAAAAAGGAAGUAGCAAGGACGCACUCAGGGAUGCUAUUAACGCGGUAGUUCUAACAACAAGGGGGAACCGGACAGCCAUAUCUUCUCGAUCUGUCUCAGUGUCAGCAGGUCUAUGUUCCGCAACAGCAGCCGCAGUAUUUUGUUGACCCUACGACAGGCAGUCUGGUUGCUGCCACCACUCAGAACCAACAGCAAGGGUACAAUAUUCAAGUAGUAUCUUCACCACAGACAGCAGCAACUUAUGCAGGAGGAACGGGCACUGGCGUUGUGGCAGGUAUGAUCUUCGACUUCAUAAUAUUGAUAUUUCUUUAUAGAGUGAGACGAGAAUAGAGUUGUUUAUAGAGUGGGACGAUCUUCGAACUUCGAGAACGUUCGACUGCUCAACAUAUAUGCAUAAUUUAUUUACAUUUACACAACAGGAGCUGGAGCUCCUACUGCUCCUCAUAUAUAAUAGAAUUUAUAUUUACACAUUUACACAACAACAGGAGCGGCUAGUCCUACUACCUUCAUUGGGCCUGAUGCAAAGAAUCCGUGGACUGCUAGAUGCAUAGCACGCUUCGGACGGUAUGCCUUGGCACACCAGUGCGUCGUGGAGAAGAAGUUCAUGCUCGCCUUUUUACAGAGACCGGACUUUCAUGAGGCCUUUCUGAGUUAAGAACGUCUGUUCAAACAAUCUUGGAUGAACAAGAUAAACAAUGUAGUGAUCAUGUCUAGGUAAAUGAAUUUCUCUACUAAGUGAAAGUUUUUGUUUUAGUAGUCGCAUCGAUCUCCUUGUCCAUAGUUUACAUUCCGACUUACGAUUGGGUAGGCUGUCUCUGUCGCGGUCUCGACUGUGAUCAGUUGCAAAUUGAGAAGCCCUACGGUCGUCACGAAAGGCGAUAUCAGGGCAACAAACAUGACAUAUACAUAGAUCACUAGGCAGCUUUUUAUGAGUUGCUACGUGGUUCGAAUGAAUGAAUGAAUGAAUGAAUACCAACCCUGACCUUCUUCUAACAGUUGCAUUUGGAAGCAACGAACCCGGAAGAGCGUUUACCUGCGUCUGCACGCGGAAGUAGCAACUUGUCGAAUUUUUACCACGCAGUGUGGAUGGAGUUUACUUCGAGACCAUUUUAA